AUGUCUAACUACGAGCUUGUGUCUCAAUUCACCGAGGACGCCUUUGCGAAAGAGGACCGGUUGUGCCAGCGUCCUGCAUGUGGCACCAAUAUCACCAAGGGUGACCCUUGCUUCUAUGUGGCCACCAUAGAGCACGGUAAACCAGGGCGCUAUGUCUGUGGUCCCUGCCAUGAACGCUAUCAAAAGAAGUCAGCAACAUCUGUGCGACCUGCUGUUCGCCCUACUCCAGGCUUUGCCAGUGGUGGUAGUUCUGGCUUCGCUGGUCGAGGCCCUCCAGAUCCACAUGUCAUUCGGCAGUCAGUGAACGCAGGCCAAAGAAAAUUGUCGGUCAAUCCACCACCAGUGAUACCUUUGUCCCAUGGACGGUCCGAGUUUUCUGCAGGGCCUGACAUUAGUGUUCCGUCACUGUGGCAGGCAUCAUCGCAGCAAACUAUGCGUAGUUCCACCGGAUAUACGCCACACCAUGCCCUCUAUGGCUCGGAGCGUGAUCGUUGGGCAAAAUUAUCCUAUGCUCCUCCUCCAUCUCAAACGAUCUCACUCGAAAUUUCGGCUGUUCAUGAGGGAGGUAGCCGGAAGAAGGGUGGGCGUGGUACACCUUUUGGGAGUAUCUGCGAAGGAAAAAAGGAUAUAGACGCUCAAAUUGACGCCCCAGGUCUCAUCAAAAUAGCCCUCGAUACCGUUUAUCCAAAGAUUCAAUCAUUCUGUCCUGCCUUUCAGUGGCGGUAUGAAGAAUUCGUCGUCCGAGACUCACGAUGGGUGGAUCUAUCGGGUCAUCAUGCACGCGAGCCAUAUUUUUACUCCCAAUGCGUUCAAGCUGGACGUAAAGGCUUAAAGUCACAGAUAUUCAAGACAAAACAGUUUGCACUCAUGGUCGUUGUACCUGAGAGCCAGUGGCGCGAAUAUGAAGAAUGGACCGAGCGAGCUGAAGAGGACGAGGCUACCCGCCAAGCUCCAAUGGCUACUACAGCUAUCUCCGAAGCUUCCAUUGAUGUCUUCCAGGGCGAAGACUACCUUGCCACUGAGGUACCACUUCCUGAAGUUCCCUUAAAGAGGACCCACCUCCGUACAGCCAGUAGCCUUAGUUCUACAUCCUCAUCUACAUCACCACCACUAAAGAAAGCUGCUUCUGCCAAUAUCUUUCGGUCACCCGAUCGUAAUGAGUUGAAAGAAGCACUCCGAUCUGGCGGAAUAGCAAAUGUAGAUGCGCAGAGUGUGUACGACCUGCAGAACGAAAAUGUCCAGCUGUACUGGAUUGCUACUCGCCCAAUGUCCGAAAUUCUGGAAGAUAGCAAGUAUCAGUCGUUCACGUUGCAUACUGCAGAAUCGGCAACUGGGCAACUGACAGUCGACACAUCCUCUGCCAAUCUCAUCGGCCGAGGUGGAUUCAAGACUGCCCAUCCUGGGUGGUUAACACUCGCAUCACACAUUCCUACAACCGGACUAGGUUCAAUCCCGCAUCAGAAAGUCGUAGUCAAGAGACCUUUCAUCAAGAUAUUUCCUCCAAAUGGACCAUCGACAGGCACAUACAAAGUUGGACGUUACGCUGUGGCCGACGAAUUGUCCAAGCAGUUCAAGGAAGCCAAUGUCCUGUACUGGGCAAAUUCGUUGUUAGAUCUCACCUAUGCAUUCGUUAACCGUUGUGUCACAGCCUCGUCAAACCCCCCUCCUUUUGAGAUUCCACGUCUUCGUUUCAUUCAUGCUGGACUUGCACUAUCCUUCCUACCUGGCCAGAUGAUCGUUGCUAAACCGGGUGCUAAACCAUGCUCUGUCCGUGCUGCAUUUCUCUUAGAGGAACUUAUUCCGGGUGGGCCAGACGCCUUCGUGAAAUUCAUUCACAACACGGACUGCGAUCCUCUCCUUGAUCCUGGCGAGGAUGGGUACAGUACAGCACUUUUCUUGGCAUUUACUCAACACGUUCAGUAUGAGAAGACCGGGGGAUUGGCAUAUAUCUCCGACUAUCAGGGUAGCACGGAGUUGCUGACAGACCCGCAAAUAUUAACGCACCCGUCUGUUUCUGAAGGCAACAAUCUUUUCGGUGAUGGAAAUAUUGAAGAUGUGGUGAGCCAGUUUGAGGAGAAACAUGUGUGCAACCAUUACUGUGAAUGGUCUGGUUUCGAGUUGGAGGCAUAUGGGAGGCAAGCUUGA